UCACCUGGCCCGGCCCAGCCUGUCCCGCCCCACAUCAGUAACCUAGCCGCCCCCAGCCCGCUCCGACCCCCAUCACUCACCCGGCCCAGCCUGUCCCGCCCCACAUCAGUAACCUAGCUGCCCCCAGCCCGCUCCGCCCCAUCACUCACCUGGCCCGGCCCAGCCUGUCCCGCCCCACAUCAGUAACCUAGCCGCCCCCAGCCCGCUCCGACCCCCAUCACUCACCCGGCCCAGCCUGUCCCGCCCCACAUCAGUAACCUAGCUGCCCCCAGCCCGCUCCGCCCCAUCACUCACCUGGCCCGGCCCAGCCUGUCCCGCCCCACAUCAGUAACCUAGCUGCCCCCAGCCCGCUCCGCCCCAUCACUCACCUGGCCCGGCCCAGCCUGUCCCGCCCCACAUCAGUAACCUAGCCGCCCCCAGCCCGCUCCACUCCAUCACUCACCUGUCCCGCUCCGGCCCCCCGACGAACCCGGCCUGGCAGCCCCACGUGCACCACCCCUGCGCCGCCGGUUGCUCCGUUGAAAACGGCCCGACUGGAAGCAGGAGCCGGAAAGCCGCUUUCUCCCCUCCCCGGCGCUGCGCGGAGCCGGAACCCGCGGCGCGGAGCGUGUUUCAGGCGGGGAGGCCUCAGAAGAGACCCUGGGAGCCGGGCGGGGCUGUGGGCCGGAGCCAUGAGCCGUUAUCAGAGGUUGGUGAGCGCUUCUCUUCAGUGCCAAAGGUUCCACACUGCUGCAGGAUAUCUAAAGAGCAAAACCGGGGCAGAGCAUCGCUGGCUGGAGCGGCAUCUUAAGGAUCCAUUUGUGAGGGCAACAAAACAGCAUAAUUAUCGUUGCCGGAGUGCUUUCAAACUGCUGGAGAUAGAUGACAAACAUAAGAUUCUUCGUCCAGGGCUCUCUGUGAUAGACUGCGGGGCAGCUCCUGGAGCUUGGAGUCAGGUUGCUGUACAGCGAGUCAAUGCUUUGGGCACUGAUCCUAAUGCCCCUGUUGGUUUUGUCCUUGGAGUUGACCUUCUUCAUAUUUCCCCUCUGGAAGGAGCAGUCUUUCUUUCCAAUGCUGAUAUUACAGAUCCAGUCACGCUUAAGAAGAUCCAGGAGCUCCUUCCUACAGAGAGGGCAGAUGUUAUCUUGAGCGACAUGGCACCUAAUGCCACAGGGAUCCGAGAGUUAGAUCAUCAGAAGUUGAUUAACUUGUGCUUGACCCUUUUGGAUCUGUCCCAAAGCAUCUUGCGGCCAAGAGGAACUAUCCUCUGUAAAUUCUGGGAUGGACCGGAAGCCCAUCUUCUCCAGAACAGACUAAUGGAGCGCUUCCAGGAUGUGAGAACUAUAAAGCCUCAGUCCAGCCGGAAAGAGUCAGCAGAGAUCUAUUACUUGGCAAAACUGUACAAUGAUGGAGUGAAACAUCAGAAACACUGAUUGUGUCUGCCUUUAUUGCAGUGGUUGUCAGUCACUGACUGGAUACUUUGAUUUGAAGUGUAUUUAAAAAAAAAAUCCCAACAUUGAGACUCUGAAAUUGAAUUGCUUUAUGGUUAAGCCUAAUUUGGUGAAAUCUGUCAUUUAUAUAACAUCAUAGGUGUGCAUCAUGCUUUACAGGUACAAAAUAAAACAAGGUUGUUGUCCCACUGAGUUUAUAAUCUAACUAGGCAAGUAAGGACAUCCAGUCUAACUCCCCCUCUGGGAAGAAAGCUCUUGGAAAUGAUAUAAAACCUGGCUGUGGGGGAUGGAAACAAAAAUAAAACACUAGUUAUUGAUUCGUUUACAGCUAUACGUUUAUUUCAAAUUGCUACUCUGUGACUCUAGUCAUGCUUUGAACAAAACGUAAAGUGGUUGUCAUAAUGAGAGUGAAGAGAAGGGAUCUAGGAGUCAGUUUUACUUCCUCUGCAUUUUUCCUAAAACUUAGUGCAAUUUAUUAGUGCACUCUUUGCCAAAUAACCCGAUGGGCUGAACUGUUCUAUGCCAGACG